AUGAAAAUCUUAAGUUGGAACUGCCAUGGGCUUGGCAACCCACGGACAGUUAAUGCUCUCCGGGAUUGGUGUUGGAGAGAGCGGCUAAAUAUUGUCUUUCUUAUGGAGACGAUGAUAGAUGCAGGUAGAUUGGAAAAGAUUCGUAAUAUAUGUGGUUUUGUUAACGGGGUGUGUUUGAGUAGUGCUGGCCUGUCUGGUGGUAUGGGCUUCUGGUGGCGGGAUAUAAACGUUGUUACAGGUUCGUAUUCAACCCACCAUUUUAUUGCAGACAUUCUUGAUAAUGAAAAUUCGCCGGUUUGGAGAGCUGUUGGUAUAUAUGGGUGGCCAGAAGCAGAAAAUAAGCAUUUGACAUGGUCUUUAAUGGAGAGAAUAAAAUCGAGUAGUUCUCUACCGUGUGUGAUGUUUGGUGAUUUCAAUGAAAUUGUUAGUCAGAAUGAAAAAGAUGGGGGGUCUGUUAGGUGUGAGAGGGUGAUGGAUGCAUUUAGGGGGGCUAUAGAUGAAUGUGGCUUACGUGACUUGGGUUACAAGGGGAGUAUUUUCACAUGGAAAAGAGGCACUAAUUUGAAUACUUUUGUUCGGGAGAGACUGGACCGAUUCAUGGCUGAUGUGGGAUGGUGUUCGGCUUUCCCAGUGUAUAGUGUACGUCAUUUCCCGAUGUAUAGAUCCGACCAUGCUCCUAUAAUUCUGUCUGCAAGCAAUUAUUAUGAAAGGGGGCGUACAAAAAAGUUGUUUCGGUUUGAGGCGUUAUGGCUUUCGAAGCCGGAAUGUGGUGAGGUUGUAGCAAGUGCAUGGGUGAGUGGUGCGAGAGAAAUAGUAUCCCAACGCAUCUCUAGAGUAGCGGAGAGUCUGUCGGCGUGGGCGGUGGCUAGUUUUGGUAGUAUAAAAAAGAAAAUCAAGGCAACUAAGGAGAAACUAAGAGUGGCACAAUCCCAAUUCCCUGACGCUGCUAUGUUGGGGUUGUGUCAAUCCCUAUCUUCAGAGCUAGAUGACUUGCAUCAACAAGAGGAGUCGUAUUGGCAUGCUCGAGCCCGGGUGAAUGAACUUCGUGAUGGCGAUAAAAAUACGUCGUAUUUUCAUCAAAAAGCGAGUCAAAGGAAGCUUAGAAAUACAAUCACAGGGCUAUUGGAUGAUAAUGACAUUUGGCGGUCUAGCAAGGUUGAUUUGGAGGAAAUUGUAUCUUCGUACUUUAGUGGACUCUUUGCUUCAGAACAUCCCUAUGGUUUUGAUGAAGCUCUGGCAGGUAUAAGAAAUGUAGUAUCCGAGGAGAUGAAUUUGUGUCUAGAGAUUGAGCCGACGGAUGAAGAAAUUAAAAAUGCUUUAUUUCAAAUGCAUCCUAACAAAGCUCCGGGACCGGAUGGUAUGCAUGCUCUAUUUUUCCAGAAGUUUUGGCAUAUUGUCGGUAGCGAUAUUAUUAUGUUUGUUAAGCAAUGGUGGCGCGGCCAAUUGAAUUUAAAUGAUGCUAAUAAAACUUGUGUGGUCUUGAUUCCGAAAUGUGAGAACCCAAAAUGCAUUACGGAGUUUAGACCUAUAAGUUGUUGCAAUGUUUUGUAUAAGAUAAUCUCAAAAACUCUGGCAAAUAAGUUGAAACCGUUAUUAGGAGAUAUUAUUUCGGUUAACCAGAGUGCUUUUGUUCCAAAAAGGUUGAUUACCGAUAAUGCAUUGGUAGCGUUUGAGAUUUUUCAUGCUAUGAAGAGAGGUGGAGAAGGUCGCGAUGGUUCUGUUGCAUUAAAACUUGAUAUGAAGAAGGCGUACGAUAGAGUAGAGUGGACUUUUCUGGAGAAGGUUAUGUACAAAAUGGGUUUCUGUGAUAAUUGGGUACGAAGAAUAUUGGAUUGUCUUUCUAGUGUCUCGUUUGCUUUCAAAAUUAAUGGACAGAUAUCUGGGUCCGUUAUUCCGACUAGAGGACUUCGUCAAGGUGAUCCCAUUUCUCCCUAUUUGUUUCUCAUUGUUGCUGAUGCUUUUUCUUCUUUGAUUGCAAAGGCGGCUCGUGAAAAAUUAAUUCAUGGGGCUAAAAUCUGUAACAAUGCGCCUAGGGUGUCACAUUUAUUCUUUGCGGAUGACAGUAUUCUAUUUGCAAAAGCGUCUGUUGGGGAAUGCUCCGUUAUAGCUGAUAUUAUUAGUAAAUAUGAGCGAGCAUCUGGACAAAGUGUCAAUCUUGAUAAAACGGAUGUUGUUUUUAGCAAAUGUGUUGAUGUUAAUCGGCGACAAGAAAUUGUGUCAAUUCUAGGGGAGAGGAUAUGGAAGAAGCUACAGGGGUGGAAAGAAAAGUUGCUAUCUAGGCCCGGGAAGGAGACUUUGAUAAAAGCAGUAGCACAAGCCAUUCCGACGUACAUGAUGAGUAUUUUUAAAAUACCGGAUGGUUUAAUAGAUGAAAUUCAUGCUAUGCUUGCUCGUUUCUGGUGGGGUUCGAAUGAUAACUCAAGAAAAAUGCAUUGGCACUCUUGGGAUCAUAUGUGCAAGCCUAAAGCCAUGGGGGGAAUGGGGUUUAGAGAUCUGAAGGUUUUUAACCAAGCCUUGCUCGCAAAACAGGUUUGGCGUCUCCAUGUUGAGUCAUCCUCCUUACUACAUUCCGUACUAAAGGCUCGAUACUUUAAGCAUCACGAUGUGAUCGAGGCUUACCGGGGGUAUGAUCCAAGCUACUCAUGGCGGAGUUUGUGGGGUGCAAAAUCAUUAUUACUUGAAGGCCUUAGGUGGAGAGUUGGUAACGGCACAAAUAUAAAUGUAUGGUGUAACAAUUGGCUGCCAGACUCGAAUAUUGCUCCUGCUCCAAAAAUUGGGUCUACUAUUAUAUAUGAUUUGCAAGUAGCAGAGUGUAUCAACCAUGAAUGUGGGGAAUGGGAUACAAGCAUCUUAAGAGCUAAUUUUAGUGAGGAGGACUGUAAGGCAAUUACCAACAUUCCUCUUUCUAUUUUUAUGCCUAAUGAUAAAUUGUUUUGGUGGCCUACAAAAGAUGGAGUAUAUACGGUUAAGUCGGGCUACUGGUUGGGAAUGUUAGGGAGAGCUCAGGUUGGUAGUGAUGAAGAGAGUGAUAUGUGGAAGUUAGUAUGGAACCUCGGCGGCCCUCCAAAGUUAUCACAUUUUGUGUGGCAAGCUUGUAAAGGUAGUAUGGCGGUGGAUGCUCCCUCUACUAUAGCAGGAUUUUUGAAAUUGGUGGAUGACUAUCGCGCAUACUCGGGUAAGGUGUUUGCCCCUAUUACUACUACUCAAUAUGCUUGUUUAUCAUCAUCCUCAUGGGUCCCCCCUCCUAGUGGAAUUGUGAAAGUUAAUAUUGAUGCGCACAUAAUGGAAGGAGAAUAUGUUGGUUUGGGCGUAGUUAUAAGGGACAUGGCUGGUGUUGUUCUUGUUGCUGCAACAAGGAGGAUUAAGGUGGGUUGGAAUGCAUGCACUAGUGAGGCAGCUGUUGCACGUUAUGGUAUGCAGGUAGCUAGGAGAUGUGGGUACAAUAGCAUAUGGCUCGAGAGUGACGCGCUCAAUGUGGUAAAAGCAAUCGAUCGACCGACAAUAGGUUAUUCGCCUUUGUUUCUCAUUUAUGAUGAUAUUAACAUGUUAUCUAAGUCGUUUAAUGUUUUCGUAAUCUCUCAUGUUAAGAGGGCAGGGAAUACGGUAGCUCAUCUCGUGGCAAGAUGUGAUACAAAAGAUAGUUCUGAAUUAGUUUGUAUGGAAACUAUUCCCCAAAGUAUCCUAUCUUUGGCGGUUUUGGAUUUGCAAUAA